UCCUCCAUCUGUAUAUAUAUAUCUCUCAGCCGACCCCUUUCUUUCAAUCCCAAAUAUCGAACGCCACUCUCUCUGCUCUCCCUUUGUACUCUGUUUCUCCUAAUUCCAAUCUCAAUUCUGCCAUGAGAACCGACAUAGAUUGCGUUUGGGUCCUUGCUUUAGCCUCAAAAUGUACAGUCUUCACACACCAAAACAUUGCAUGGUCAGUUUCAAUCAUGAGCCUGGCUUGGCUAUUCAUUUCCCUUCUCUACUGGGUUCAUCCCGGUGGUCCAGCUUGGGGUAAGUACAACCUUAAAAAACGUUCUACUACAGCCAAAUCCAUUCCAGGUCCGAGAGGGUUGCCUUUAUUUGGCAGCAUGAGCCUCAUGGCUGACCUCGCUCACCGCCGAAUCGCCGGCGCGGCUGCGAAAUGUAAAGCCGAGAGGCUUAUGGGAUUUAGCCUCGGGGAUACUCGUGUUAUUGUGACAUGCAAUCCUGAUGUAGCUAAGGAAAUUCUCAACAGUUCUGUUUUUGCUGAUCGACCCGUGAAAGAGUCUGCUUAUAGACUCAUGUUCGACCGAGCCAUUGGUUUUGCUCCUUACGGUGUUUACUGGCGAACACUCCGAAAAAUUGCGGCUACUCAUCUGUUCUGUCCUAAGCAAAUUAAAGCUUCUGAAUCUCAAAGAACAAUGAUCGCGGCUCAGAUGGUGGAUUUGAUCAAGGGACAAAAUAAUGGUGAUCAGAGCAUUACUGUUCGAGGAGUACUAAAACGUGCGUCGUUGAAUAACAUGAUGUGUUCUAUUUUCGGGCGAGAAUAUAAACUUGAUUUUCUAAACAGUGAAGCUGAAGAAGUUAGAGAACUAGUUGAUGAAGGUUAUGAUUUGUUAGGUACUCUUAAUUGGACCGAUCACCUUCCUUGGUUAGCUGAUUUUGACCCACAAAAAAUCCGGUUCAGAUGCUCAAACCUCGUGCCGAAAGUGAACCGUUUCGUCAGCCGAAUCAUCGAUGACCACCGACAUCCAUCUGAAUCCUCUGUUAAAGAUUUUGUUGACGUUUUGCUGUCUCUUGAAGGCCCUGAUAAGCUAACGGAGUCUGAUAUGAUCGCCGUUCUUUGGGAAAUGGUUUUUAGAGGAACGGACACGGUGGCGGUUUUGAUCGAGUGGAUACUAGCAAGAAUUGCACUUCAUCCUGAGGUUCAAUCGAAGGUCCACGAUGAGCUUGAUGAAGUUGUUGGCAAAACAAGAGCCGUUGAUGAGUUUGAUCUCAGUGCCUUGGUGUAUCUGCACGCGGUUGUUAAAGAAGUGUUGAGGCUACACCCACCAGGCCCACUUCUUUCAUGGGCCAGACUGGCUAUAACAGAUACAACCGUCGAUGGGUAUCAUGUGCCUGCGGGGACCACUGCAAUGGUGAACAUGUGGGCUAUAGCAAGGGAUCCGGAGUUGUGGGCUGACCCGCUUGAAUUUAUUCCUGAGAGAUUUGUGGCAAAAGAUGGAGAGCUCGAAUUUUCAGUUCUCGGGUCGGAUCUCAGACUUGCACCAUUUGGGUCGGGUAGAAGGACUUGUCCGGGUAAGAACUUGGGUUUAACCACGGUAACAUUUUGGGUGGCCACGCUUUUACAUGAGUUUAAAUGGCUACCGUCCGAUGGUAAAAAAAGUAUUGACUUGUCAGAGAUUUUGGGACUGUCUUGUGAAAUGGCUAACCCAUUGUCCGUGAAGGUGCAGCCUAGGCGGCCUUAGAUCAUCAUCAAAACCAGUCAUUUCUUUAGUAUAGUAGUAUUAAAGGUGAAGAUAAAAUAUUUAAAAAACUAAAUCAGCCUUAUGAUCAUGUUGUCUCUUUUUGUUUUUAUUUUAGUAUUAAGUUGUCUAUGUUAUAAAAAAUGAUGUCAUUUUCAAGUCAUCAUGUAAAUAUGGGUGAAAGUAAUACAAUUUGAUUAUUCACAGCGAAA